GUAGUUUAAUUCAAUUCUGCCUAUCUCACAAGACGGACGAACCGCCGUAGCGUGUGACCAGACCUACUGCUCUCAUUAAUCAUUCUCAACCAAAGGAGUAUUGUCGUCCUGCUUGCUCCUCUCGGGCUCACAACAACAGAUAUGGCGUAAAAGUAUCGACUUCAUCAGUGUCACGAGGAAAUAGACAAGAUAUUCUCGCGGUACUCGACAAAGUAUCAACUUAUUUCGCAUCAGACAUCAACAUUCUUCACGCCUUGUCUCAAUUGCAUAUCAUCCUUUUCCUCCUGCCGUGUUUUAUUUCUGUCUUCCCUGGCAACCAUGGCCGCCAUUGACGAUCCAUCAUCUAAUGCAGCGACCAAGCUUAAUGGCACUGCCGAUCGUCCCUCGAGGCCCAAGUCUUCCAUCUUCAAGUCUUUCGUCCACAGACGCAACAACUCGGACGGCACUGAGUUGACAUCGUCUUUCGCCGUCCAACCUACAUCCAGUGCUGCAUAUCAGCCACGAACCGAUCAGAACGACGGCGUGUUGAAUCCGUACGCCGUUAGCAGCUCAGCCGACAUGGGGCUGCCUGGCUUCGCUCGGCAAGGCCGGGCCCUCGGUGAGCUUCACUACAACCAGCAAGAGCAGCCUGCGCGAUCACCUCCCAAAAAGACGGAUGCAACCUCGAGGUCACCCCAGAAGAACUCGUUUGUCAACGUCUCCUUCAAGGCCUUGGUCAACAAGGACAGCACUGGUGAUGGUCGGUCUGUGCCGAGCUCGCCAACAAAGCCCAAGAAGACGAAAUCAACAACAAAUUUUGCGACUCUGCUUUCUCGACCCAAAUCAUCCAAGAACCUCAAGGGUACGGCAGAUGACGGGGCAGCAAGUGGCAAGGACAAGGAAAACAGAACUCCAGAAGGCUCCGCGAGCGGGGCUCUAUUGCCUACUCCCAUAUACGCCCAGUUUGCUACAGCGGGUGCUGAAGACAAGCAGUCUGAACCAGUUGGAUACGUGGGAGGCAACUCCAGAAGUACCCAGGUGAACGCAUCCGUCACCAACCUGUCACCAUCAAAGGAGGAGAAGUCCCCCCUGAAGCAGAGGCCCAAAUCAUUCCAACCAUAUUUUCACUCAAAGGCUGACCCCGCCCGAGGGACUGAUGACAUGAUUGCAACGCCAAAGGAGACUCAGAAUGGACACAAGUCCUCGACUUGGCACAAAAGAGAAAAAGCCUCGAGGCCCAAGAUUACCAAUGCUUUCUCCGGGUUUGGAGGAAAGUCUGUGAAGGGCUCGCUCUCACCUACACCUCCAUCCCCGGAGCCAGUCAUUGAUCCCAAGGAUAUUGAUACCCACUUGGAAGCCAUGCUGGACCGACGGAACAUACCGGAAAAUCAACGGUACAAGAUGCGAAGCCUCAGCGACACUAUCAAGAUGGAGUUCAUCCGACAGGACUGGGCCGAAACACAAGCCAAAAAGAAUGCCGAGCAGCAAGCAGCCAGAGACAACAGUGCUCUCCUGGAUAAUGCCGGUUCAACCAGUUCCGGCAGUGUCGGCUCUAUGGAAAAAGAGACGAUGGCCAAGAGCAAGACUAGCCGAGGCAGGACCUUCACACUUUCUAAGGGUGGCAACAAGUCACCGUCCUCCCCAACAAAGAAGAAAGGGGAUGGAACCCUCGGCAGACAUUUCCGCUCCAAGUCAACUGAGAGCAUCGUCAGUGAUAGGCCAUCCUCGGGUGGCUCCUCCAAUGGAGGAGGCUUCUUCUCCAAAGUGAAGCCCCAACCCUGUCCUGCCGAUUUCGUUUCGUAUCUUCGUAAAGUUCAGAAGCCGGAACUUGUCGAAGUUGGGAAGCUACACAAAUUGAGGCUGCUGUUGCGCAAUGAAACCGUCGCCUGGAUCGAGGAUUUUGUCCGCCAAGGUGGCAUGAUGGAAGUCGUCGGCCUCCUCAACCGCAUAAUGGCCGUCGAAUGGAGGGAGGAGCACGAAGAUGCACUACUCCAUGAAGUUUUGCUUUGCCUCAAGGCACUUUCAACAACUGCCUUGGCUAUGCAGUACUUGCACACCAUCCAGGGAAACCUAUUCCCAGCCCUGAUCAACAUGAUUUUUGAUCCCGAGAAGAAGGGCCCGAGCGAUUUCACGACCCGGAAUAUCAUCACAUCUGUGCUAUUCACCUAUAUUGAAAGUUCAAGCCCGCAGGAGCGUGUCAGGCGUGCGGCUACCGUGCUCUCAUAUCUGCGCGAUCCCAAGGGCAAGGAAGAGGAGCGGCCAGUCAGCUUUGUGCUUGAGAUGCGCAAGGAGCGGCCUUAUCGUGUCUGGUGCAAAGAAGCUGUCAGUGUCACGAAGGAGGUGUUUUGGAUAUUUUUGCAUACACUCAAUGUCGUUUCACUGCCAGUGGACAAGUGCACCAAGGGCGGUCAGGCACUCGAGACCGUUCAGAAAGAACAAACCAGAAACCCUAACGACCCAUCAUCGUAUCUCAUACGGCACUUUCCACAGGAGCGACCGCCUGUGCCUGCGGCACCGUAUGUCGGUGGUGUCGAGUGGGAUGCAACAAACUACCUUGCAUCACACUUGGAGCUGAUGAAUGCCAUAAUUGCAUGCACGCCAACUGCUGCAGAGCGCAAUGUCCUCCGUGAGGAGUUCCGUGUCUCCGGAUGGGAGCGGUGUAUGGGAGGCUCGCUGAGGCUCUGCAAAGAAAAGUUCUACGGUGCCGUACAUGAUGGUCUGCGUACCUGGGUUGCUGCAGCGCACGAGGAUGGCUGGGACGUCCGUGACGUCCGAUACGGCCCGCCAUCUGACGCUCCAAAGAGUCCGCCAAAGAAACGAGGCGGCGGAUUGACGCCUGCGGCUAAGAAAAAACUCGACGAACCAGCACCAAAGCUUCAGCUCGAUUUGGUGGCUUCACCUGCAGCCGAGGCAAGGAUAAAUUCUGCCGUCGGAAAACCUCAGGAGUUUUGGCUCUCUUGAUGAUGGAUGUACUAAAAGCACAAAAAACAACGCCAUUUUGCAUUUCCUUGCUGGAGCAGAUGGCACCUAAUGUCUAGAGCCAGCGGUCAGGGUUUGUCAGCCAUUGUUCGUUAUACACGUUGUCAGAAUGUUACGAAAGUAUGAAGUUGGGACGAUGUCAUGGGGGAAGUUGAUAAUCUCGUCACCAAAAACGUCUGUCUGGGGCUGUUGAGCUUUUAUACCGGCGUGGGAGUUGUGAGUCCACGCUAUCUUCAGAUUGCAUUGGGAUACAGAGCCAUUUGGGAGAUUCUUUUAUCAUCUUUUUCUUUCCUCCUCUCGGAGUUCCGUGGCCAAUGUUCCUUUUGCUUUCUUGUUUGCUUUUUUGAGGGUUUCUGUUUAUAUUUCAUGGUUAUUCUUCGAUUCUUUUCUUUUUCUUUUUGGUGUUGGUGCGGGUGUUGAGGGCUUUGAUGAAUCUGAGCUACGUCACUUAUGAACAUUGACUAAGCUCUAAUGAAAACACGAUUUAUGUGAUGUCACUCUGUGGAAAAUAGUUGGUGAUGCGUGCUCAUAUAGUAGACUAUCGAGUUCUUACUAGACUAUCUAGUUCUUGAACGGGAGAGACGUG